UAAAAAAUAACAAAUCGUGUAGUUAACAACAAAAUUAAACAAUGAAAAACUCAAGUGGUGAUUGUUAUUGUGAAUUUCAUAAAAAUAAUGAAAUAUUUUCUGAUGCAAUUCACAUCAGCUGGGAUCUAUUACGAAGAAAUAACUUUUGUUUUGACACCUCUGAUGAAAGGGUAUCUCGUUCAUCUACUUAUCUUGGCGUUGCGAUAUUUGAAGCCAUAAAAAAAAUAAGAGAAAACUUUAUGAAUGAUUCCAUGUGUGUUGAUGAUCAAAAAGUGUUGGUAACAUUAGAAGAGCAACAAAAGACUACUGUCAUUAAAACUUCAGGCAGUGAACUUGAUAUUAUUGAGAGCAAUGAUGAUAAUAUAUCCAACGAUUUUGCUUACUCAAUUGAUGAAGAUGAAGACGAAGAGGUUUUUAAACAAUCAGAGAUAGAUAGUGAAGAAUUAAAGAACGAUAAUUUUGAUUCAGAAAUUAUUAAUCACGUCGAGAAUCACAACAAUGACAACAAAAAAAUAAAUAACAAUUAUAACAAUAAUAAAAAUUACAGCAACAUGUGUACUUCAUCACGUAUAAAUUUGUCAGACAAAAAUACAUCUAGUACAGAUGGAGUUAGAAUAAACGUAAUCGAUGAUGAGUCUGAUGAUUGUGAUGAAUCAACAAGUUCCAGCAGGCAGGUAUAUUCUGUUAAAGCCUCAACUGUACAACAGCCAUCAUUUCAUCUACCUGAGUCAAGAUCCACUGGUGCUAUAAAAAAGUACAGGCCAGAAGACAAUACUUUGGACAACAACAAUGGUUCACGACAAUAUCAGCUUAGAAGUGAUUCACGUGAAAAUUUGGAGACAACAACAAGAAGUCAAAGCAUGUCAGUGCCACCACAACAUUUAGUGGAACCAGAAAAUGAAUGGAACUCAGAAACCUACCAGGAAAAUGAAGUAUAUAAUGAUGAUAUUUCAACAGAAGAACUUUAUAAAAAAAUACGUGGUAUAUUGAACAAAUUAACACCACAUAAUAUUGAUAAAAUGGUUGAUCAAAUUGUAGAUUUAGACAUUGACUCACAAGAAAGACUGCAAGGUAUUGUUAAUUUAGUUUUUAAAAAAGCCAUUGAUGACUCAAAUUAUGCAUUUGCAUAUGCAAUCAUGUGUAGACAAUUAGUAAAUAUGCAAUAUGAUCUUGAUGUAAGUGAAGAUGAUGGAACAGAACAAGGAAAGUAUCAUCAAAUAAAUUUUCUCAGUUUAUUAAUAGCUCGUUGUCAACAUGAAUUGGAAAAUAAUAUUCUUGACAGAGUUUCAUUUGAUGCUCAACUUGAUGAAAUUAAAGAAAGUCAUGAACUUGAAGUUGAAAUUAAAAAAGAAUUAAUAAAUUCAUUGACGGAUAAUGAUCGUGAUUCACGUCAAAAAUCAAUUGGUAAUAUAAAAUUUAUUGGUGAAUUAUUCAAUCAAGAACUUCUUGAAAAUGGUCUUAUUAGUACAUACAUAGAAAAUUUAUUAACAACACCAGAUGACGUAAGACUUGAAUAUCUGUGUACAUUAUUAACAACAAUUGGUAAAAAAUUGGAAACAAGUGGAAAUCAUCUUAGUGAUUAUUUUUCAACAAUAGCUGAGUUAACUAAACUCAGUAACAUAAGCAGAAGAAUUAAAUUUAUGCUUCUAGAUAUUAUUGAUUUAAAAGCAAGAAAUUGGCAGCCGAGAAAUAAAUCACCAAUUAAUAAUCAAAGCAAAAAUAAGAAAAAGUCAAACAAAAAAAGAAGUAGAGACAGUAGAAGAUACGUAACCAAUUAUAGCAGAAGUUCAUCAGUAAAAUCAAACAGACAACCAUAUUCUGGUGAAACUUUAAAACAUAAUGCACCAGUACUUCCUCUUGAUGAAGUUAAACUUGGUGGAGGAAAUUUAUUCCAAUGGGGACCAUCUGCAGUUGAAAAUAAUGGUUCUAUGCAAAAUAAAUAUGCACUUUUACAAUCAAUUGAAACUGGCCACCAACAAUCAGUGCAAUCACUUGCAUCGACAUGUACAAGUACUCCAAAAAGUUCAUUGUCUAAGACAAGAGUAAGAAGCCAAAGCAUGCCAAUGACACCAUCAUCACGAAAAAAUCAUAAAAAAUAUUCAAAACCUCCAGUUCCACUUGCAAAUAACACAAAAUUGAAUAAACCAAAAACUAAACAUCAACAACUCGAUGAUGAGUUUAACAUUCUUUUCAAUGUUUGUAAGAGUGUCUCUGAUGCUCAAUCAUUUGUUGAUAUUGCUAUGUAUCAACUUCAAGACAAACUUGACAAUUCAACUUAUCCAUAUUUUAUACGUAAAUCAUUUGAAAUCAUUUUAGUGGGACCAUCGAGUGCUCGUGAAAAAUACUGCAUUCUUUUUGCUCAGAUGAUAAUUAAUAAUAUAUUUCCACUCUCAGUAUUUCAAUCGGAAUAUGAUAAAAUGUUUGAAGAAAUAGAAAGCUUAGAUAUUUAUCUUGCUCCUACAUUCUGGACAAGCAGAGCUGAAUUAUUAAAGCCAUUAGUAAUUUGUGAUGCACAUCCAAUGAAAGAAUUAAUACGUACAACAUCAGUCCUAAAAAAUAUGGGUUUUGUUGGUAAACUUGUUGGUGAAUUAUUGAGAUUAUUAGUAGAAAGUGAAGGUCCAUCAACAAUUACUGAAAAAUGGAAUGCAAGUGGUAUUGAAUGGACUGAUUUACUUGAUACAUCACUUGAAGAUCCAGAUGAUAUUAUUGAAAAAUAUAAUUUACAAUUUUUAACAUUUGGUGUAACAGAUCCACCAAAUGAAAAAUUAUUAGACUUAUUACGUGAAAGUGAUAUUGCUAAUGCAAUACAAUGGAUAACAGAAAAUGUUGAUGAAGAAAAAUCGAGAAAACCAAAAUUUAUCAGAACACUUUUUACUGGAAUUUUAGAAUCAGCUAUUGAGCCAGUAGAAGACUCAAGAUAUUUUUGUGGUGCAAUGGCACCUUAUCAUUUUGAUCGUAUAAAAAUUAUGCAUCUUUUAAGUAUUAUGAGACAUUAUAUCGAUUCUAAUUUAAAAUCAGAAUUACAAUGUCUAUACGCUAUGAGUGAUGUCAUGCAUAAAUACGGAAAUCUUUCAAGUUUUGGAGGGUUUUUAAUUCAUCAACUUCAUGAAGAAAAAAUCAUAUCAGACAAUGGUUUUUUGGCAUGGCAUAGUUGCACAAAUAAAUCAGAGUCGAUUGGUCAUGUUGAAGCUGUCAAUUGUCUAAUCAACCAACCAUUUUGGAUUGAACUUCAAAGAAGUUUUAAUAACUCAGAGGACGAAGCUUGGAAUGAUUUUAUCAGUAAAAAAAAACCCCCCACAAAUAAGUGAUAAAAAAAAUAAUAACUA